CAAACCUGCAACAGCACAACAACACAGCUCGAGCUGGAGAGUUUCUAAUCUCAGUAAGGAGCCUGCUGUCAUGGACUUAAGCCCCUUUGAAUCAAACAACUCUGUCAGCUGCAGGCUGGUCUCUCAGGUCCCUGAUGUGUGCCGCAAUGAGGACUGCUGUCUGGGAAUCGACGAGGCAGGCAGGGGGCCUGUGCUGGGGCCAAUGGUGUAUGGAAUAUGUUUCUGUCCAAUUUCUAAAAAGGAGGAGCUGAAGAACUUGAAAGUGGCAGAUUCAAAGACUCUUUCAGAGGAAGAAAGGGAGAAUCUUUUUGAGAAACUAGAUGAAGCUAAAAGUUACGUUGGCUGGGCUCUGCAGAUUCUCUCACCAAACACCAUCUCUACCAGCAUGUUACAGAGGACAAAAUACAACCUGAAUGCUCUGUCACAUGACACAGCCAUUGGUUUAGUGCAGUAUGCAUUAGACAGUGGAGUUCAACUCAAAGAGGUAUUUGUGGACACAGUCGGCCCAGCUGAGAAGUAUGAGGAGAAACUCUCAAAGCUGUUCCCAGGUAUUGAGGUGACUGUGAGGCCAAAGGCUGACUCCCUCUUUCCCAUCGUCAGUGCAGCCAGUAUCUGUGCCAAGGUGGCGAGAGAUCGUGCAGUAAAAGGCUGGAACUUUGCUGAGGACCUGGGAGAGGUGGAUGCAGACUACGGAUCAGGAUACCCAAAUGACCCAAAGACAAAAGCAUGGUUGCUGAAGUACCUGGACCCUGUGUUUGGUUACCCUCAGUUUGUUAGAUUCAGCUGGAGCACAGCCCAAACCCUGAUGGAAAGCAAGGGUGUGACCGUUCACUGGGAUGAUGACGAAGAAGAUGGGGAGAAGGCAGCGCAGCGGCAGAAAAACAAGUCGAUGUUGUCCUACUUCAGUGCAUCAGCUGUAGGGACCACCCAAAACCAGACCCACCAAACACACCGCUUCUUCUCUGAUCGGAGGCUGAAGAGCCUCGAUGCUCUCUGAAGACAAUAUGUAAGGGGACUCGCACAAUUACAUGAAACCUAAAGUUUUCAUUAGCUGCAUAAACAAAGUGUUCAGCAUGAAUAUGGAUGGACUUGACUGAAAUGUGAUACAUUUGUGUCUAUCAUGAAGAUCUGUCUUUUCUUGUUCUGUUUCAGAAAUUUUUUUAUACAUAAAAAAGUGUAAAAUAA